AUGGAAGAAGUGGAAAAAGAAAUAGUCAGAAAGAUAGACCAGCUUCUUUAUGAGGAGGCUCUUAAGUUGAUUGACUUGACUCCGCUGACACCCGGAUCUGGGGUAACCAUCUAUCCCUACAAGGGACACAUUCUGCAUCUGCAAAAGAAAUACGACGAGUCUAUAGAUUUCUUGAGGAGUCUGAUAAGAAGGUUCCCUCCAAACAUCAAGGCCAAAAGAUUUUUAUACUCAGGACUUCUGGCUCAAGGUGACUUCAGGUCGUCGUUUAGAGUUGCAAAGGAAUGCUGGAUCGACGGGGACUAUCGAAGAUCUACGCUAGUCAGGAUACUAGCCCAUGCUCUUGUGCUGAGGGACCUCAGCUUUCUCGAUCUGCUUGAUGCACACUGUAACGAGCCUUUGCUCUUGUCGGUGGGGUACAUCUAUUCUGGGAGGCUGGAACGAGCCGUCGAACUCAUGAGAGGAGUCGACGACUCUAAUGGCGCCUUAGUCUAUCUGGAUGCCUUGAUUGCUGUGCGCACGGGGUCCGUGUAUAUGCUGGACUACAUAAGAUACCUAGACGAAGACGUUUUUGUCGCUGCUAUAGAUGGUCUCGAGAAGAAGUUGAGGGUGUUUGAAGGGGUCAAGAGCCAUGGAUGCGAGUAUGUCGACAGCAAGGUAUUAUCCAUAGCAAAGAAGGUUCUGAACAAAAGCGAAUAUGAAACUAUUGUGAGGAGUGUCUCUUCUCGAAAAGGUUUAGGGCAUCGCUGUGAAAGAGGCUGUUUGGUAGGAAAGCUUAGGAUUGGUACAGAAGAGGAUAUCUUCCUCAAGGAAGGCAAUUUCUGCAGCCCAGCAGGGAGAUACUCCGAACUAGAAGAUGUGUUUAAUGAGCUUGAGAACGGAAACUACUCCAGUGCAUUGGAAAAUCUGAAAAGAAUGUAUAGGGUGGAAACUACCACGGAUCUUGGCAAGCAUCUAAAGGACGGGCAAAAUACGCUGGUGCUGGAUGAAAUAAGGAAGUCAUAUUCAAACCGUGGGAGGAGGGAAGAUGCAUCCCGCUAUGCCGAGCUGCUGGAAAUAGCGCACUCAUUUCGCGUCCGAGAUGUGAUCGAAUGCCUCUCAGGAUUGAUAGACGAAAACAUGAUCAGAGAGAUCAUCGAGCUGCUUGAAUUGGACCUAUUCACCAAGGAAGCCUGA